AAGGGGCCGGCAGCAGGCUAGGAUUUUUAUUGCGAGAUGUCUGUGAAACUACGUAAAAUUAUUGCUAAGCAGAUAACAGAUGUGAUCCGCCCUGAAUCCUCCGCGUCUGUAAAUCAACUUACGAACGCCUUCGAAUUACGGAGAAAUAAUCAAGACCCAGAACUACAUUUGCCCGUAUCUAAAGCCCGUCAUAUUUUGUCACCUGAUACAAAUUCAAUAUUAAAAGAGGUUCUUCACAUAAAAUUUGACGAACAAUUGGUUAAAGGGGUAACAACAAACGAAAAAACUCCUUCGACGCAGAGAAUCGUAUUUACAUUGCGAAACGAACCAUUUAUUCGCGAAGCUCUAACAAAAAGCGAUAGUUGUACCCCAAGUCCAUCUCAGCAGAAACGAUAUGUCGUUGAAUAUAGCUCGCCGAAUAUUGCAAAGCCUUUUCACGUUGGACACCUGCGAUCUACAAUAAUUGGAAAUUUUAUAGCAAAUCUUUACAAGUAUCUUGGGCACAAUGUUCAUCGAAUGAACUACUUAGGUGAUUGGGGCACACAGUUUGGUCUUCUAAAUGUUGGUAUAGAUCUGAUGCAAUUAAGCGACGAGGAUAUCCAGAAAAAUCCCAUCCAAAAUCUUUACAACGCCUACGUCGAAGCUAACAAACGAUCACAAGCAGAUCCUUCGAUUUCAGAACGGGCUCGAAAAUUUUUCCAUGACCUCGAGAACGAUUUGUCACCGGAAGAUCGAAAGCGUUGGGAAAAAUAUCGCGCUUAUACUAUCGACGAACUUCGAAAUGUAUACCAAAGACUUGGAGUAAAUUUUGAUGAAUACGCUUGGGAAUCACAAUACAGUCAGAAAGACAUCCAGCGUGUACUUCAACAAUUAGACGAGAGGAGUCUUCUCCUUAGUGAAAAGGAUGGAAGAAAAGUGGUUCAAGUAGGAGAUCGACGCGUACCUGUUAUAAAAAGUGAUGGAUCUACAUUGUAUUUAGCGAGGGAUAUUGCGGCGAUCUCGGAUAGAUACGAAAGGCUUAAAUUUGAUAAGAUUAUCUACGUUGUCGAUAAUGCGCAAACGGAUCAUUUCGUUGCGCUAUUUCACACCGCAGGGAAAGCGAUGCCGGACCUUGAUGGCAGAAUGCAACACAUAAAAUUCGGUCGGAUAAAAGGAAUGAGUACUAGACAAGGAACGGUCGUGUUUUUGAAGGAUGUUUUGGACGAAGCCAGGGAAAUGAUGAAAUUGAGGCAAAUUCAAUCACCUACUACAAAGGUAGACAUGAACAUAUCUGAUAAUCAGGUAUCUGACGUAUUGGGAAUUUCGGCUGUGAUUAUUAAUGACCUGAAGCAGCGGCGACAACGAGAUUAUGAAUUUGAUUGGGACCGAGCGCUACAAGCAAGUGGUGAUACAGGCAUCAAAUUGCAAUACACCCACUGUCGGUUAUGGAGCCUUUUCGACAAUAUCCCCUUACAGCCAGCGUCAGAGGUGGAACCUAAUCUUCUAACGGAGGCCGAAGCUGCUGCCCUAAUUGUAGAAAUUGCUCGGUUUCAUGAGAUUCUAAUCCGAUCCGAAGAACAAUUAGAAGCGUGUGUUCUUGUGAAUUAUCUGUUUCAUUUAAGUAACGCGAUCAGUCGCGCUUUAAAGCGUCUCAACAUCAAGAAUGAAAGUUCAAUUCAAUUACAAAGACAGCGUUUACUGCUAUUCUCAUGUGCUCAAAGUGUUUUACAUGAUGGUAUGAAAAUACUAGGACUUAAGCCUUUAGAUAAAAUGUAGUGAUGACCAUUUAGUUUUGUAAUAUAGUAAAUCAAUAGAAACA